GUCACUCGUCGCAGCAUCUCUCAGGUAGUAAAGCAGAUCUGAGGAGCAGAUAGGAGACGAGCUGUUUUGCUCGCACACCCUUCUGCUCUUCCAGCUCGCUCCCCGAACCUCCGCUCUGAAAACCAUGGUGGCUAAAACCAGGAAACAGAUCGGGAAGAGUCCGGGUCAGACCCAGACCGAGCGCGAUAGAAACCUUCACCAUGUUUCACCUCACAGCAAAAGUAACAUACGGCGACCAGGCAGGGAGAGCAAGGCUUUCUCUCACCCAAACGGGCUGGCAGGAAUCGGGCACAAGCUCGGGCUAACUUCUUGCUCGGUCUGGAAGCUGGGUGUCACGGUGCUACUUGCUGGGCUGACUGGAUAUCUGCACUGGUACCAUCUGUCUCAGCUCUUUGAGAAUGACAGGCACUUUUCCCAUCUGUCAAACCUGGAGAAGGAGAUGGCUUUCCGAACAGAAAUGGGCCUGUACUAUUCCUACUACAAGACCAUUAUCGAGGCUCCUUCGUUCAUGGAUGGACUCCACAUGAUCAUGAACGAUCGACUAACUGAGUAUCCUCUGGUUAUCAACACUCUGAAGAGGUUCAAUCUCUAUCCUGAGGUGGUCCUGGCCAGCUGGUACCGCGUGUACACAGGUGUUAUGGGCUACUUUGGGAUCCCCACAAAGAUGUGCUGGUCCAUUAACAGAGGAGAGGGACUCACUCCUGUGGAUAGCUGUGAAGGGCUGGGCGACCCGGCGUAUUUCUACGUAGCCUGUAUCUUCCUGCUAAAUGGAGCAAUGAUGAGCCUGUUCUUUAUAUACGGCACCUACCUCAGUGGAAGCCGAUUGGGUGGAGUUGUCACCAUAUUGUGUUUUUUCUUCAAUCACGGUGAAAGCACUCGUGUGAUGUGGACUCCACCCCUGAGGGAGAGCUUUGCCUACCCGUUUUUAGUCCUGCAGAUGCUGCUUCUCACCUACAUUUUACGCACACAAAACCCAAGCAGGACAUCCAUGGUCGCCCUAGGCAUCUCCAAUUUAUGCUUCAUGCUGCCUUGGCAGUUUGCUCAGUUUGUGCUCCUCACUCAGGUGGCUUCUCUGUUUGCGUCCUACAUCCUGGGCUACCUUGCUGCUGCAAAGAUGCAGUCUAUCCUUGUCACUCACAUGGUCACGCUGGGGUUCUGCUUCAUCCUGAUGUUUGGGAACUCAAUGCUUCUCACAUCUUUUUAUGCCUCUUCUCUCAUUUCCAUAUGGGUCAUCAUCGCUUUAAGAGAUCGGUUCAUCCAGUUGUUCAAACCUGGCAUUAUCAUCUGGGUCAUGCAGGGUCUGGCCUGGGUCGGCUCCACAGUUCUGCUGAAAUUUCUGCUCUCCACUGUGUUUGGUGCCUCUGAUGAUGCUCACAUCAGUGGACUGAUCAAAUCCAAAUUCACAAGUUACAAAGACUUCCACACUCUGAUGUACACCUGUGCUGCUGAGUUUGACUUCAUGGAGUUUGAGACGCCUGUCCGUUACCUUAAAACGCUGCUGCUGCCCAUCAACCUGCUGGUGGUCGCUCUCAUUGCAGGCAGGACUGUGCAGGAUUUGUUUCGGACUCUAACACAAGAAGCAAAGACGUCUAGAAAGACGGAAGAUGUUGACGAAGCUACAGGGCCUGAUGUAGCUGCGAAAGGAGAGAUGGUGUACCACAGCCUACAGCUGGUAGCGUUUGCCGUCCUGGCCAUCCUCAUCAUGCGCCUGAAGCUCUUCUUGACUCCUCACAUGUGCAUCAUGGCGUCUCUCCUUUGCUCCCGACAGUUGUUUGGGUGGAUAGGUGAGAAGUUCAGGCACCAGGCUGUAGUUGUUGGAGUCAUGGCGAUGAUGGCGAUACAGGGAGUUGCCAACCUGCAGGCCCAGUGGGGGAUCAUUGGAGAGUUCAGCAACUUGCCACAGGAGGAGCUGCUGGACUGGAUCCAGGAAAACACCCGCCCAGACUCUGUGUUCGCCGGAGCCAUGCCUACCAUGGCCAGCAUAAAGCUUUCUGCUGGGCGGCCUAUUGUCAACCACCCCCACUACGAAGACGCCGGUCUCAGGGAGAGAACCAAGCUGGUUUAUUCCAUGUAUAGCCGCAUGACUGGAGAAACUGUUCAACGAAACCUAAAGAAACUGGGGGUGGACUUCUUCGUCCUGGAGGAUUCCUGGUGCACCAGACGGACCAGACCCGGCUGCAGCAUGCCAGAGAUCUGGGAUGUAGAGAACCCUGAGAACGUUGGAAAAACUCCCUUCUGCACCCACAUGUCCAGGAACUCGCGGCCCUACUUCAACACAGUAUUUUCCAAUGACAUCUAUAAAGUUCUCAAAGUCCCCAAAGAUGUGAGAUAACAGUGCUGG